GAAGGUCAAAGAUGGAGGUGACCAAUUCACUUCUCCUCCUGUCCUUUCUCGGUCUCAUCUCCCUCCUCAAACUCUCCCUUCCUAUUCUCCACUGGCUCUACGCAACCUUCCUCCGCCCAGCCAAGGAUCUCAAACGGGCCUACGGCCCAUGGGCCGUCGUCACCGGGGCAACUGACGGCAUCGGCCGCGCCAUCGCCGUCGAACUCGCUCGCCGGGGCAUGCACCUCUUACUCGUCGGGAGGAGCCCGGCCAAGCUGAAGAAAGCCUCGGAUAUUAUACUCGCAAAGUUUCAUGACACCCAUGUGAAGACCGUGGUUUGGGACCUGGCGCUCGGAGGCGACUGCGGUGGGGCGGAGAGGCUGCGACAGACCAUCGCCGGCGUGGAGGUGGGUGUGCUGAUAAACUCCGCCGGUGUGACCUAUCCCGGCGCCGCGUAUUUCCAUGAGGUGGAGGAGAGGGUGUGGAGGGAAGUGGUGAGAGUGAACGUGGAGGGGAUGAGCCACGUCACCCAAGUAGUUCUGCCGGGGAUGGUGAGCCGACGGCGCGGCGCCGUCGUCAAUGUCGGUUCGGCUUCUUCGGUGGCGGUGCCGUCGUUCCCGUUUUACGCCGUCUACGCAGCAACCAAAGCGUACACCAACCAAUUUUCAAGAUCAUUGUAUGUUGAGUACAAGAGAAUGGGAAUCGAUGUGCAGUGCCAGAUCCCCUUCUACGUAGCAACCAAGAUGGUUUCCAUCGAACAGCCUUCCACCUUCAUUCCAUCACCAGAUAAAUUUGCUAAGGCAUCGGUUCGUUGCAUAGGCUAUGAGCAACUCUGCACUCCUUAUUGGUCGCAUGCAAUUCAAUGGGGAUUUGCUUCUUUGCUCCCACAUUUUCUGCUCGAUGCUUGGCGCCGUCGAGUCGGUAUACGAAAGAGGAUUCAGCCAACUAAAACUUAAAAAAAAAUUAUAUUGGAAGAGUAAGAAAAAAAUAAGAACAUUUUUAUUUCAUAAUUACUGUAGUUGGAAUCUUGGCCAUAAAAAUUACUUUGCUAUUUUGUAAAGGAUCGGAGAACUUUUUUGUGUAAAAUUUAUGUAUUAAUCCUUCUCUUA